AUGGCUCUGGAGAACUGUUUUCAGUUGAGCACUGUCUCUAGUGCCAGGGCUGGUGUUCUACAGACUCAGCUUCCAUUCUCUUCCAGAGAAAAGCUUAAUUUGCCGACAUGUAAAGGGCUGAACUCCUCCGGUGUAUCGUGGUCUUCAUCUUUAGCUCAUUCAUUCCGCGGAAGAUCCCGCAUUGUUUGCAAAGCUCGUAAGGCUGUGAAUGAAGGUGACUCUCUCUCUCCCUCACCCAAAAACAUCCAACUCAACACUCGUGAGGCUGUGAAUGAAGUUCAAGUAGUCACAGAUAUCAGCUGGAAAGACCUUGUAAUUGCUAAUGAAAGGACUGUGCUAGUGGAGUUUUGGGCACCGUGGUGCGGACCUUGCCGGAUGAUUGCACCAGUCAUCGACGAACUGGCGAAAGAGUACGCUGGAAAAAUUCUGUGUUUCAAGCUCAACACCGAUGACUCUCCGGACAUACCAUCACAAUAUGGAAUCAGAAGCAUCCCAACUGUGGUGUUUUUCAAGGAUGGGCAGAAGAAAGAAAGCAUCAUUGGCGCAGUGUCCAAGUCUACCUUGACUGAUACAAUAGAUAAAUAUGUUGAUUUCUGA